AUGGGUUGGUUCUGGGCAGAUUUGCAACCAAAGCCGCCUGUGGCCUCGAGCUUGCAGGCCUCUUCAAAUGCUUCUCCUCCACCGGGAUGUCCCAUGCAUGAGUCGCAGGCAGCGCCUGCUUCAUCGCUACCGGCGAGUGUUGAUCCUCCCAGCAACUGCCCUAUGAAAUCGCCAGAUUCUCCGUUCUAUACACCACCAAAGUCAUCCGAAAGACCACCGCAGAUUCCGCCUGCGGCCUCGGCAACUUCUUCGACCCUGUCGAAACUGAAUCCCUUGAACUACAUGUUCGCGUCUAUCUCCCAAGAGCGCGCGCCCAACCAGACAGUUGAUCUUCCCGUCGAGCGUGAACUUUCCACCAUCCCGCGAGGCGAUUCCGAAGGCAAUUGGGAGUAUCCGUCUCCGCAGCAGAUGUACAAUGCGAUGCUGCGCAAAGGAUACACUGAUACCCCCCAAGACGCGGUGGAAUCAAUGGUUGCGGUCCACAACUUCUUGAACGAAGGCGCCUGGGCUGAAAUUGUUGGAUGGGAGCGUGUCUUCACAAAGGGACUAAAGGAAGGAUGGGAAAAAUGCCGCCGGGGUGAAGAAAACUUGAGCUUUGAAUUGGCCAAGGCGGAAAUGACCGGUGCCAUCGACGAGGCUGCUGAACCUCGUCUGAUCAGAUUCCAGGGUCGGCCGCGCGAGCUGACUCCCAAGGCUCGAGUUCUUCAGGCACUCGGAUGGCUGUACCCGGCCCAGUUCGAGACUGCCCCACCCUUUGACCGGCAUGACUGGUUUGUCUCCCGUCAAUCUCCCUCCGGUCCGAAGGAGGUUCGUUACGUGAUUGACUACUACUCGGGACCCCCGGAACCGACGGGCGAGCCGGUAUUCUACCUUGACAUCCGCCCUGCUUUGGAUUCGCCGACAGCUGCUAUUGAGCGGUUGGUGAGAUGGGGAGGUGAUGUCUGGUGGCGAGCCAGCGGCGGUGCCGUUCGCGAACAGUCCCAUCCAUAA